AUGACUGUUACAGCGGUGAUGAGAAUCAUCACCAUGACGACAAUGAGCAUUAAGGUGUCAGCGGCCUCUGUGGAGCACCGCAGGGAGAUGGCACCCAUUCCAGACACUCCCCAGAAGCCACAGUCACACCCCGUCAUCAGAGCAGCCCAGGAUCCCACCGGCGAGGCGGAGAAGGACACCCUGCGGCUUGGAAACAUAGUUCUACUACACCACUCAUGUGUCAGUGAACAGGACAUCACCAACUGCCAGUGGUUCCACUAUGGAGCUCACAUUGGCAAUGAGACGCGCAAGAUUGAGUUCAAACAAGGUCAUGGUAAGGUUGUAACAGAAGAUUUCCACCGACAAGUUCGCAUCUACGGAUGUGCCUUCCUGAACAGCGGGGGAGGCAGUCUGCUGGUCGGCGUGAAAGACAAUGGAGUAGUUUGUGGUGUGAAAUUCAGCCAUAAAAUGGAGGACGAGACGCGCCUGCAGGUGGACAGGAUCAUGAAGCAGUUCGUUCCUCCUCUCCUUCCCAACAACUGCAGCCUGCACUUCCUGCCUGUGGUAAAGCCUCAGGAAGAGGGCCACCAGCUCAAGGUGCUGCGCCUCACCUUUAGACCUCCAACCUUCUCUGAGCCAACCCUCUUUCAGGUUGGCCAGGGCGAAGUGUACGUGAGAUGGGAUGGGAGCGUGCAGGGGCCUUUGGGUGCCUCAGUCAUCCUAGAGUGGGCCAGACAGGAGCUACUCCCCUCCAUUUGUCCAACCCCGAGCCAGUACUUCCAGACCUGCUUUGAGAACCCAAGGCCAAGAUCUCAGGCCAGCUCACAACACCAGAUUCCCGGAUCUGGCACCAGAUUCCCCUCCCCCAGCCAGAUGUGA